CUGUAUUUUUUUCUAUCGACGUUCUCUGAUUUGGCUAGUGAGGUCUGCUGAGCAGUGGCUUGAGCUACAAAAUCGUGUGGCGCGCGCAGGGAAGGAACAGCAGCGCUGUGUGUUGAUUGUCUGGUGCUCUAUUUGGUGACCAUGGGCAGACGCUCGUCAGACAGCGAAGACGAGCGGGGCGGCAGUCGGAGGAAGAAGAAGCACCGCCGCCGUUCCUCUUCCUCCAGCUCCUCCAGCGGACGCGAGGCCAGCCGCAGCAAGAAGGCCAGCAGGAAGAGCCGGUCCACAUCCCGCUCACGGGACCGAGACCGCCACCGGGACCGGGACAGGGACAGGGACCGCCACAGAGAGCGAGACCGAGACCGAGACAGAGACAGAGACAAGAGACGGAGGCGUCGCUCCAGCAGUAGCUCCUCCUCUGAGUCCACACGCAGGAGACGGAGUCACAGCACUGACCGCGGCCGAGGUCACCGCUCUCGCCGAUCCCGCAGCCGCAACAGGAGGUCUCACUCCCGCCACAGAAGGUCCCACAGCCGGAGCAGCAGACGCAGCCGAUCGCGCAGUCGCAGCCGAGAGCGCAGCAGUCGCCGCAAGGGCCGAGAGAGAGAGCGCAGCCGAGACAGAGAGCGGGAGAAGGAGAGGGAGCGCGAGAAGGAGAAAGCCAAGGAGAGGGAAGACAAAGCCAAGGCGUAA